AUGACUGUCGCCGAGGAACCUCCUGCUUUCAAUCUCACCGAGGUCGAUCGAAAAGUCCUCUCUCAAACGGACGAGGAGUUUGAGUAUCACAGCUGGGACGAGUUGAGAUCCAUCAUCGCACGGAAUGAUCUCGGCGUGCUCAAGCGGAAACCCUCCGACUUGAUCCGAUACCUGGCGUGGACCAAAGACAUCAAGACGCAGUACGGUUCCAUCACCGCCUAUAUCUGUCAGCAUCGUCUGCACUGGCAUUUGCCGGACCUGUCUGCCACCAUCGGUACGGGGGAGGCUGACAGUGGACCCGUCUUUCCCUUCAAAAACCCGGUCCCCUUUGCCGAUCCCGCGGACUACAAGAUCCUACGCAAUGACUGGCCCUACGGCUGGACACCGGGCAUCUCUCACCUAGUUGUCUGGUUGAAAACCCCCGUGCCGGUGCAUGGCGAGAAUGGCGACAUGACCGACGAGUCUCGGUCGCUGGUCGAGGGCUUUGUCCGGAGAACUUUCGUCGAUCGCCUGGCCAGAGAAUCCGCCACCUUCCGCCACCCGGAGACGCAUGUGCAGUGGUUCAAAAAUUGGACGGCGCUGCAGAGUGUCAGGAGCUUGGAGCAUAUCCAUGUCCUGCUCAAGGACGUUCCCGAAGACAUCUUGCGCGAGUGGACGGGGGAGGACCUGCCGCAGAACUGA